AUGAUUGACAAUACUACUGCGGUUGCUGCCAUAAAUAACAUGGCAACAUGCCAUAGUCCUGAAUGUCAUUCACUUGCAGUACAAAUUUGGGAGUUUAGCAUUUCGCAUUACAUAACCUGGCUUACUGCUGCCCACAUCCAUGGCUCUCUUAAUGUUAGAGCUGACAGAGAAUCUACAUUGUGGGCACUUCCAUUCUCAGGAUACCGAAUGAAUGAUAAAUCCCACACUAUUGAGAAACGCCCUUGCUACUCUUGACGUCAAACCAGAAAUCGAUCUGUUUGCAUCAAGAUUAAAUAGACAAUUUCCUAUAUAUUGCUCAUUCCGGCCUGGCCCAGAGGCCUCGUGUAUUGAUGCAUUCACCAUUUCAUGGACUGAGAAAAAUUCUAUUCUUUUCCACUUUUUAGUUGUGUUCUCAGAGUGCUUCAGAAAAUCAUUCAGGACAGGCACAGCAAAUAAGCAUAUUAUGGUAAUAAGAUAUUACAAGGUCUAUAGCUUUAUCUGACCUUUUCUAUUCCGCUGAUUUUAAACGAAAGUCAAAAGCACUCUCUGUUCAUCUUUAGUUGGUAUUUAUUUUUUCUCCAAUCUGUCUUUUCUUUCACUCAGUCAUCCAUCCAUCCAUUCAUCCAUGCACAUAUUCAUUUAUCCAUCCAUCCAUCCCUCCUUCUUUCACCUCUCUUAAUUUCUUUGUAGGCGAAGAAACAAUGGCAAUGAAGAUCCACAUGCUUUGGCAAAUACCCAAGUGCGUGGGAAAUUUUGA